AUGAUUAUCUGCCCAACAACCAUACCACUAAGAGAUUGUGAGCCCUGGCGUUUUUUUGUCUUCUUCUCCAUCUCACAUCUAAUUAAGACUCAGACUUUUUUUUCAUCCACAUCUCAAUUUGCAAUCCUUUUUGUUUUCCUCUCUGUGUCCUCAGCUUUGUUAUCCCUUUGGAGUGAAGAUCUUGGACGCCUACUUCUUCUGAGGCACCAGAAAAAUCGGAACGGGGACCCACCGAGCAAAAGUACGGUUCCGAUGCAUCAUCAAAUGCAGAAGAACAUCUCAUCUGUGCCCCCAGGUGAAUCAUCAGUGGCAUGGCAACAGGGCGGUCAGCAACCAACACAACAAUCACUUAGUGUGGUAACUACAGUAUGGGGGGUUACGCAGACCAGUGAAAGUAACAGCUUAUCUAAUAACUCCAUGCAACAAGGACCAGGUCUAUCUCCAGGUAACAACCAGUAUUCCCAGCAACAACACCCAUUCACAGCGGCUGCUGCCAAUCAGAACAAACAAUACAAUAUGCCCAUGCCGGGCAUGGGACCAUACCGAAGAGAGCCAGGACCAUAUAGGGGUCCCAGUGGGGGCGGUUAUCCUGGACAGGUUCCAGGCCAGAUGGGGCCAGGAGGACCCUGUCCUCCGCAGUCCUCUGGUUCCAACAACGAGUUCCCACAACCCGCUGCAGCAGCUGCAGCAGCGGUUGUUGCUGCGGCUGCAGCCACGGCGACAGCAACAGCCACGGCAACAGUCACAGCGCUGAAGGAGCAACAGCAGCAACAGCAGCAACAAGGCCAACAGAAUCAACAGAUGAACGAUUAUGGCCAGAUGCGAAUGCAAGGUUUCAACAACCAGUAUGGCAUGAAUCAGGGGGGUGGGCCUUUCAUGAAUAACAUGGGUAAUGGUAACAACAUGGGCAAGCAAGCCAUGUACCAGCAGCAGAUGAUGCAAAGGAGUCCCGCCCAGCAGCAAUAUGCCCAGCAGUACAUGAAGAGGCCGUACCCCGGGCAUCCUGGCGGCCCCAACAACUUCAACCAGGGCAUGCCCAACCAGCAGUAUGGUCCAAUGCCCCACAGCCCGAGCCCAGGGGCGAUGAAGGGACAGUCUCCCUACCCAGGUCAGCAGACCCCAUACCCAGCCCAGCAGCCUAUGCCCUCUCCUAACUACAUGAACAUGAGGCAGAAGGGACCAGGGAAUGGCAUCACCUACCAGGGAAACCACCAGUUCUUCCCGAGAGGGAAUUUUAAUGGGGGUCCACAGGCGAUUAACCCACCGUACAAUCAACAGGCAAUAGCUAAUAGAGGUAUGAACUACCAACACUCACCUGGCAUCCCUGGUAACCCAACACCGCCCCUGACACCGAGCCCCAAUAUCCCACCCUACAUGUCCCCCACCGGAGAUGUCAAACCCUUCCCAGGGGGACCACCAGAUCUGAAAUCAACCCCAAACUAUGCGCCGGGUAUCAGCGAAGAGAUCAGGAUUACGUUCCUCGUUCGGGACGGGAUUGUGUUAGAGCCAUUCAGGCUUGAGCACAACUUGGCAGUAAGCAAUCAUGUCUUCCACCUCAGACAGUCAGUCCACCAAACCCUCAUGUGGAGAUCCGACCUCGAACUGCAAUUCAAAUGCUACCACCAUGAAGACAGACAAAUGCACACUAACUGGCCGGCGUCGGUUCAGGUCAGCGUAAACGCCACACCCCUCUCGAUAGAACGAGGGGACAACAAAACCUCCCACAAGCCGCUCUACCUGAAGGAAGUGUGUCAGCCCGGCCGGAAUACGAUACAGAUUACGGUCACCGCGUGUUGUUGUUCGCAUCUGUUUGUUUUACAACUCGUCCAUAGACCUACAGUGAGAUCAGUGUUACAAGGUCUCUUACGGAAGAGGCUGCUGCCGGCUGAGCAUUGUAUAACCAAAAUUAAGAGGAAUUUCUCCAGCGUCGCUGCAUCCAGUGGUGGAAUCCUAAACAGCGACGACGGAGUAGAGCAGACAGCUAUUAAAGUCUCCCUGAAGUGUCCGAUCACCUUUCAGCGUAUCACAUUGCCCGCUCGGGGUCAGGAGUGUAAACACAUACAGUGUUUUGACUUGGAAUCCUACCUGCAACUCAACUGUGAAAGAGGAUCGUGGAGGUGUCCAGUUUGCAACAAAACGGCUUUGUUGGAAGGACUUGAGGUGGAUCAGUUCAUGUGGGGCAUUCUGACUGCCGUACCGUCGGCCGAUUUUGAAGACGUCACAAUUGACGCAACAGCGAGUUGGAAACCUGUCCAGAUGAAAUGUGACAUCAAGGAUGAGGAACUAGAAACAUGUGGCUCGUCCAAGAGAUUUAAAGCAAUGUCUCCAGGUAGCAUGACAAUGCCUGGUAUGCAUAGUUACGAUAACAUGAACAUGAAUCACUCACCGUACCCCAUGGGAGGACCACCACCACCAGAAUUUAAUGGACCGGGCCCAGUCCAUGGAGGACCAAACUAUGGGAAUUACAACAACUUCAACAGUCCUGGUGGCGGACCUGGUGGACCAGGGGGACCUGGUGGACCAGGGGGACCUGGUGGACCAGGGGGUCCUGGUGGACCUGGAGGUCCAGGAGGUCCAGGCACUCCAGGGGGUAACUUCAACGGCCCUUCUUUUUCACAUUUUGAAGACAACAUUGCCACAACGGAUAUGGUACCUGUUGAGAAACAGUACAACCAUGCGCUGCCACCACAUAUGAGUCAUGCAGGUCCAAAUCAGGGCCCUUCACCCAACGUCAGGCAUCCAGGACCUCCACAUCCUGGCAGUCAUCCCCAUCCAAACAGCAAUCCUCACCCAGUCGGUAACUCUCAUCCAGGAAGCAAUGCUCAUCCUGGAAUGGGAGGCCCUCAACCAAACGGUGGACCUCAUUCCGGUGUGCCAUCUCACCAUAGUGGACCAGGCACUCCAGGCAAUGGAACAACUUCACACCCACAGCAGCAGCAGCAGCAACAACAGCAGCAGCAACAGCAGCAACAACAACAGCAACAACAGCAGCAGAGGGGCGGCAUGCACCCGAACAUUAAUGCAAAACCACCGACUCCCGGGAUGCCCCACACGCCUGGAAUGCCACAUACGCCCGGCAUGCCUCAUACGCCCGGAAUGCCCCAUACACCGGGUAUGCCCCAUACCCCUGGGAUGCCUUUGACGCCCAGUAUGCCGUUAACCCCCGGAAGUGCGAUGCCAUCAACACCGAGCACAAUGAACUCUGGAAACGGUGGCAGCAGUAACGGUGGCAGUGGUGGGAUACCCAACCACAUUUCCUCAACGCAGUCGCCAUCAACGAUGCAAGGGUCACAUCACAUGCCAAACCACCACUCACCGCAUCCUGGCACCCAAGCACCUUCGAUGAUGAACCAUAGAGAGCAGCCAAAGACAACGUCAAGUAUGGCCAUGAACACAAACAAUCAUAUUCAGUCAAGUUCUGAUUUGAACUUUGACCCAGCAGCUGUGAUCGAUGGAGGAGGUGAAGGACAAGAAGGUCUUGAUCUUCUGCCAGAAAAUAUGGGCGAUGUGGAUUUACUUUCAAUUCUCGGGCAAUCGGACAAUGCCCAGAGUAACAAUGAAAAUGAUGAACUUCUGUCUCUCUUUGACACAUAAAGACAAUCCUGCCUUCCCUCGGAAUUGUUUGAGGGGAAACAAAACUAAUAACUUGUGCUGGACACACUGUGCUUAAAAAAAAGAGUUACAACAAAAAUGAGACAUGAAGUUUACUUUGAUUGCCAUUUUUUUUCUACUGCGGAAUACCUGGGUUGUUUCCCAGUAGGCUACGUGGUAUUUCUCUUGAUGAGGAGCCAUUUUGAAGUCAUCCCGAAGAGAGAAAAUUUUAUGACGACUUUGAUGUGUCCGAGUUGAAAUGAAGAAAUUGAAUAGUCAGUGUGUUUCUUGACAUUGCACCUGGAACGACUAUCAUCGGAGGAGCGUCGUUGUUGUCUUUUAAAGGAAAGCAGAAUCAAGGCGUGGCUUCUCUUUGAGACCAGAUUGUAUAAUCUUGAAUGAAGGUAGUGCAGAGAUGGAAAAGUCAAAGGUCAUGACGGGAAUCGGGGAAAAGACUGAAAUUCCUUAUUCUCUGUCAAAUCAACAAUGAGAUCAUGUAACUUUGGACGUCAUUUUGCUUUGUCGUGGAACAUGGAGGGCAAUGCCUUAAGACCAAGGCUGUAAACGCCUAGAGAACAUUCCUAUUCUAAGGGAACUGUCGUUACUCCCUGUGAAGCGCCCCUUACGGCCAGGGGCAACAUCUGAACUCUGAGGAAGAGCCUUCCACCCAGGGGAACAUCCAGGGUGAUGUUACGCCCAGAACCCUGGGAAACGUGACAAUGCAGAGUUGGUCAUCUUUAAACCCACGAGGGUCAUUGUUACACCCACGGGGAUCAUCGAUGCACCUCUGAGGGACUAUCAUUGUGAUUACGAGGUAUUAUUAUUACACCUGUUAAUAUCGCUACACCAUGAGGAUCGUCGCUACAACCAUGAGGGUCAUCGUUACACCCAUAAGGGUUCACCGUUGCGCCCAUAAGGGUUCACCGUUGCGCCCAUAAGGGUUCACCGUUGCGCCCAUAAGGGUUCACCGUUGCGCCCAUAAGGGUUCAUCGUUACACCCAUAAGGGUUCACCGUUGCGCCCACUGAUGGUUGUCGUUGCGCCCAAUGAGGUCAUCGUUACCCUUCUGAGGGACUGUCGUUGUGUUUAAGAGGUAUCAUCAUUAAACCUAUUAAUGUCAUCGUUUCACCCAAGAGGAAUCAACAUCGUGGGUGUGAGGGGCCAUUGUUGCGCCCCUUGCCUCAAGGAGAAAGCAAAGCACCACUCAUGAUUGUUUCUCUCCCCAGCACCUCUAUGUGUUCGCCUCUCCAAGGAGGAAGUACGCUAAUUUAGUUGAAACUUCUCUUAAUUCCAUGGCAACGCAUCACCACCAAAUUGCCACUAGGGUCAAGUUCGAACGUGGGACUAAAGUCGACUAUUGGACGAUUUUGCCUGGUACCCAGGAUGUAUUGCAUGCGUAGGUAACCAUGGAAGAUUGGCAAGUGGUUGAUAAAAGGUCGCUACUCCAACUUGCACUAGGCAGCCAGCUCACCCCAUGUGCUUAUUGGGGUGUUUUCCACCUCCGGUUAUAACAAUUAAUGUACUUCAAUAUUGUCAGCCAUACAUUAUGAUUUCACAUUCCCAAGAAAACACGCAUUGGUAAUUGUUAAAGAAUAAUUUCCAACUAAGAAAGUCUUAACAUGCAAUUAGUGAGGCCUAUCCAUAGAAUUAUUUAUAAGAACUAGAGAGCGCACUGGUGAUGCUGCGUGCACAAACGCAAGACGAACUUUACUUUGUACGCACGGAGAAUGUGAAAUACACGUCGUGUGUGUUGAUAAAUACACGCUUUGCGAUGCUGUUUUGUCAACUUAGAAAAUGGCCACACACACUGAGCCGCCUAUCUAGGCCUGUGCGCCCUCUAGAUCUUAUAUAUAACUCUAUGGGUCUAUCAUAAGUUACAGCUUGCCUCUUGAUUGAUGUCAGCUUUCAUUUUGGCAAAUUGGGAAGCUGUUACUGCCGUUGUUAUUAAUUCUGUCCAGAAUUUUGUUUAUACUUGCCAGAUUAUCCCCUCCACCCAAAUCAAAAAGUCUUGCAAAAGCAUCGACCGAAAGGUCACAAUGUCGUAUUUUGUUUUUUACUGUUUACAGAGAAAUCAAAACAAUAGUGAGUUUGUUUUACUCUACUAUAUAUAUCUAUUUUUGGACUGAAGAAACAUUUAAAAACUACUUUUUUGAAGUACGCUAAACUAAAAAAAAAAAAAAACUAUACUUUUUUAGACACUUAAUUUUGUCCAGUGUUAAAGUAAGUUUUGGGUUUUUUAAUUUUUAAUGCCAAAAUUUAAAGAGUUACACUUUUUAGCAUAUGUUUGUUAUGCUUGGUGUGUAUUAGAGAAGAGAAGUUAACUUCAGUGGACCAAUAGUUGGUCGAUGUACCAUGGAUUGGGAUCAAGAAUAUAUAAAGCUCUUUAAACUUAAAAAGGGAAAACCAAACAACCAUCAGAAACACACUGGUUUACAUUGUUUUAGACAAUAUUUUUCUUUCUUGCAAACUUGGGUCCUUCCUUUGACCAUGUCCAAAUUUUGCUGCUACAGCUAUGGUUAUGGAUUGCUGUUUACGCUUACAUUGAUUCUCGGCAGAAUCCUUAAGUGUGGACGUAAGGCCAAGGGUGCUCGAUUGUUGAUGUCGUGUCAUCAUGCGGUGCAGUAUAGGACGUCCAUGCAGGAAUUACAGCCAGGCCACAGAUACCAUGGCUUCCGUUGCACCCUGGUCAUGGCCUUGGUGAUCCCUCAAAAGUUUCCCAUUGACUUAUGCAUUAUCCAAUGGAAGUGCCCUUUGCAAAAUGUAAAUGGCCUUGCCCUCUUUUUAAUGAAAUUCCAGGCCUAGUCCUGAGCAACACCAACACCAAUAGUGCGCAAUUUCUCACUACCUUCCCAUCCUUAAGCAGUGACCAAAAUUCCCAUUGCCCUAGCAUUUGCUGCACUAGUAACGUUUCUUAUUUUGUUUUAAUAUUCUAGAUGUUUUUGUCAUCAGUUAAUGGGAAUUCUCUGUAUUAACAUCUUGUUAAAUUCAAGUCAAAAACAGUAAAAAAAAAACAACCAGUGUCCUUAGUUCUAACCAUAGAGCUAUAAACUAACUUAACGGUACAAUAGUUUUCUUUUUUAGCAUCUGAAUCAUGCACAAAUACAAAUUGAACAGGUUUUUUUUGAAGUGCUAAAAUGUCAAACGUUUUUAAGGUAAAGGAAAAAUCCCACCCUGUGCAGAGACAAAUAAAUUGUUUAAAUUUUUCAUUUGGUUAUAUAUCUAAAAACUUCAAUGAAAACAGUUGAAAGUGCUUUCAAAUUAUAAGUUUUUGGGGUGGGGGUACAUCACAGUAGAUUAACCUGAAAUUUAGUAUUAUAAACGAUCUGACGACUUCUGCAAAUGUGAGGAUUUAUUUCUUGAAUUGGAGAGUGAUGCGAAGAAUGUUGAUACAAAAUUGUUGUCAAUCAAUCAGUAUUGUUAAUUUUAGAAAAUCCCAAAUCUAAGGUUUUUUUAAGGACAUCAGCCAGAAAGAGUGUUAAAAUGUUUUAAAUUUUUGUAAACAGACUGUUUAAAACCUUUAAGUGAGGGGUUCACCCCUGUUAUUGAACAAAUUCAGGGAGGUACCACUAGUUACUGGCACCCAAGAGGGUCGAAACAUUUGACUCGGGGGGGGGGAGGAGGAGUGUUUGAACCCAAAGAACCUAGAGCAGGUUGUCCGCAAUUCAUCUCGAAGCCUGCUGACAAGAACAGAUGCUUUAUAGAUCAUAGGGUUCAGAUCUGUUUGCCUGCACACUUUCGGCACAAAGUAUACUUGUGAAAAUAAAAUUCACAUCAAAAACUACACAACUCUGGGACCGCCCCUAUUUUAGAUAUUUGGAACAGUCCAGUCUAGGUAUAUCAAGUACUUUGACUCCACUAGGGCAUUGCACUUUGGGGGGGAAACUGUGAAAAGUGUCAGGAGUUAUUGGUACCAGUCCUAACUUAUUGGUUUUAAAUUAUAUUUAGAUGUUGGAUGUAUUAUAGUUAGACAGUGGGAAUGAAAUGUUGGAUGAAUGAAGGAUGUGGAGUUGAGCUUUAUGAACAGAGUUGAAAACGUGUCUGUGACGUUUCUGUAUAUUUUUAAGGUCCAUUAUUUAUAAAUAAAUAAAUUAAAAAAUUCUUGUAAAAGGAGAAAAAAAGGAGAAAAAGAUUUUGGUAUAUUAGACGAACUGAUGGCUCUAAAAACACGACAAAGUAGAUUUUAAAAUGAUGCUUGAUCGCAAAUAUGAAUGUAAUUUGGGGGUUUUUAUUUUCAGAAAAAAAAAUAUUAAUAAAUCUGAAACAUUCAUCCUAAAUUGUCUUAGCAUACAUUUAAGUGUGGGUAUAAACAUAGUCCCAAAUCUUUUUAAUUCUAAAUAAUUUGUAUUUAUAUUUAAAAAAAAUGUUCUUUUUUUUAUUUAUAAUGUACAUUUAUCUGCUUUAGCCCAUUUGAGUUUUUAAAAAUCUUUUUAAUGUACCUUGUAGGCAUACUAAAAGAAGUCUCUUCUAAAGUGUAAUUUUUUAUUUAUUUUCUAUUUAAUUUAAAAGUAGACAGUUUAGGUUUCACAAAUGCUCCUUUGGUUCACAAAUUGUUACUCCUUUUUUUGUAUAUCUAAUAUCAUGGAUGAAACUAGGAGCAAAAUCUUUGUUUCUUGGUUGUUUUACAAUUUGUGUUAAAGCUAUCAAGAGACUCAAAUCAGUUGAAUGUUUGGUUCAACCAAAUGUUUUUGUCAGAAGAAUUGUUUUCAUAAGUUGUUUUUCUAGUAUAGAAUUGUUUUCAUAAGUUGUUUUUCUAGUAUCAACUUUAGUUGUCUAGGCCAGAGCAACAACAUGUCUUGCUCAAAGAUUAACACUUAAAAAAAAACUGUUUUCCCAAACUCAUAUUUUGACUUUAAAUUGUCUUUCUAAGAUCGCAUAACACUCGGAAGAUAAGAUUGGCAUAUUCUAUUCCAGAAAAGAUGUCACCUUAGAUACCUACAAAUGCAUUUACAAUUUGCAACACAAGUAUGCCAUAAUUGGACAUCCAAAUAAGUAACGUUUGCAUAGUGACAUCCACCAAGGUUAACUUAACCUCAAUCUGGCUGACGCACAGGAAUGGAUUUAUUUUAUCACACAAAACAAAUAUCCGAACAGUACUGUUACUGUACUUUACCUGUUGAAUCAUAUGCAUUUUUUGAUGGGUAUGAAUCCCAUAUCAGUUAAAACAGUGGCACAGAGCUCUUUGUGUUUUAAAUAUAAUUUUUGGUUGAACAGAAAAGGGACUAGAGCUGGGUUUGAGCAUGUCGUGACUAAUGUGUCUGCGCUCUACCAACUGAGCUACUUGUUGAUAUCUUUGUUCAGUGGUGUCCGGGAGGGAUCACACCCAAGUUAACGAUAAAACCUGUGUAGUGGCAGCAGCGGGAUUUCCCUAAGGAGAUGUACUCUUUGUGUUUUAAAAUAUCAACCCCAAUGGAAAGUGACUGGGCAAACUUUGGAAUAAUUGUGGGUUGAUCAACUGACUGGGUAAACUUUGGAUUAAUAUUGGGUCAAACAAAUUAACUUUUCAAAUCCUCUUUACAUUAUGGGAAGUCUGUUGAUCAAUAACCCUUCCUUGUGGUAAGAAUUCUUUUUUUCAAAUGUGAUUUCGCCAAAAAACAACCAGCGUUGCUAUUUACGGUAUCACUCUUGCUUUUGGUUUUGUUUUUGUUUUUGAUUAAGUUCUAAUAACUGCAGGGUCUAAAAAUUUUUUUGUUAAUUUUGAUUUUGAAUUCAUCACAAAAUGCAUAAGGUACAGCUUUGGUCUAAGAUCAAUGCAAGUCUUACUUAGUGUGUAAGCCAAAAACAAUCUUAGUCUAAGAUGCUGUUUUGUGGGAAAUGCAACUUGAGUUUUACUUUGAAUUAAUAGUCAAGCAUUCCACAAUUUCAUAUCAAAAUAAAUCUGCAAAUGAAAAUGCGGACGAAGAAGCUUAAGGUUUCUCAGGUGUUUUCCGAUGGCAGAACCUCUUGACUUGAAAUAAAUAUCGAGUCAUGUCAGCUGAAAUGCAGUUAUAUCAGUUUUAUCUUUGGAUGUAAAACAAGUUUAGCCAAUGCUGUACGUUAUCGUUAAAGAAAGAAAAAAGAUCAAAUUUGUUAAUGACACUUCAUUUUGAUCUUUUGGUUUUUCAAUUCUUUUGAACUCUAGCAGUAACAAAACAAACGUUGUUAUAAUAUUAUCAAUGUGGUUAAUAACUGUUCAGUAGUUUUAGUGUCACUGCUUUUGUCUAAUUGACGUUGUGUGGUGAGAAUUCUUUGAUUAUAAGGGAGGAACAACAGUCUUUCUAGUUGCUUAUGCAUUUCGUGGCCGAUAGCUUAUAAAGUUGUUGCUUGGGUAGAUAUUUUUGGACAAAGAAUGAACGUUAUAAUACUAAGGUUCCUGUUUUGGUACUGUAAACACUUGUUGUAGUUGCUCUGUUUUGAUCUUUACAGAGAGAAAAUAUUUUGGGAAAUUAAAAGUCUACCGGUCCUCAACUGACAUUUUCUCGAUGCUGUCAAAUGCAUACAAAAAGGAAUAAAAUAUAUUUAAAAGAAAUUUGCAACAACUGUGGGUAAAAGGUAUUUUAAAAUCAUGCCUUUUUGUGUAUUUUGACUCGUGUGACAGGCCAGACACAGUUUGUUGUGCCGGGUAUAAAAAUGUGAUGUGAUAUUUAUUGAUGAUAUUAUGAGGAUUGUCCUCACUGAAUUAUGUUCUGUUGAGGAGAGGGCAUUUAAUUGUUUUAAAAAGGAAGUUCUGAGUUGACUCUUAAUUAUCUUUCAGAAUUUUACAUUUUUAAAUUCUCAAAAUAAUGGUUUUUGACAAAAAAAAUCAAAGUGAAGAUCUAGAAAUCACCAAUGUAUGUUGAUUGUUUAGAUAAAAUAAUACGGAUUAAUUUUUAAAUAAUAUUUCAAAAAUAAUCUUUCAAUAUUUUUUUUUCUUUGGAAACAAUGAGCGAGGAAUGUUUCCAAUGUGUGUCUUUACUUCCAAAACACUGUAUUGACCUGUAAUUAUUAUUUAUUAUUCAUGUGACCUCAUUAAUAUUCAUGAGAUCAUGCAA